AUGGCUUAUCAAAUCAAUGACACAACCGAAACAAAUAACAUCUCAUCUGAUGACGAAUUAGAAAAAGAAAGGCAUUAUUGGACAACUGAAUUUCCAUACAAGGACAAUAGUAUCAACGAAAAUGAUUGGUCUUCAUCUGAUGAUAGUGAUAAUGAUAAUGAUAAUGAUGACAAAGAAAUAACUUACCAUCAUAAAGAAACAUCAAGUGACAAGAAUAUUGAUUGGAGUGAUAGCUCUUAUCUCACUCAUGAUGACCGUUUACAAUCUAUGACUCGAUUCGAACGUCGACAAGCAUGUUAUUACCAAAACAAGCUUCAACAAAUUCGACAACAAUUAAGAAAUGAAAAUCUUAUUUUACGACCAAUUUAUAAAGAUAUUGGAUAUUAUGUGGAACUCAGUCGUUCAUAUCCGACUGCUAGUCAAAAUCGUUUAGCUAAAAUUGUUGAACGAGUUGAAACAACAUUGAACAAUUUAUUAUAUUCCAAAUCUAUUACUGAAGCACAACAUAUGACUAUGAAAAUCGAUCGAUCUACAGUACGAAUGCAUUAUUUAAACUUCGUAUCAGACACACACAAAGAAGGAGUUCCAGUUCAACCAAUCAUGGUAUGUAAUAAUGGACCAACUAUAGGUAUUAGUCGUUAUCUUGGUCGUCUUCUUGGAUUACUUUUCAAUGAUGCAACUUAUUGUAAAAAAAUUCACAAAGCUUAUAAUAUUAUACAUGCUAUGGAAUUCUAUCAGAAAAGUGGUCAACUUCGACCAACUACCUUAUUUGCUUCAUUUAAUAUUAAUGAUUUAUGUUUAAAUUUUUCACAUCAACAAGUUAUGAAUGCUUUAGAAUAUUUCUUCAAUUCUUACAUCACAUCAGAUCAUUUAAUUCAAGGUAUGACAAUUAGUACAAUUCUUCAACUUGUUCGUCUCGUACUCGAUGAACAAUAUUUUAUUUACAAUUAUAAAUUAUAUCGACAAACUGCUGGUGGUGCUUCUGGUUCAUCAUUAACUAUUCCAUUAGCCUAUAUCUAUUUAUUUUAUUGGCAACAAGAUUUAUUACAAGAUCUUAUUAAUAAGAAUGAACUUUUUUUCAGAUAUCGAGAUGAAGCAUUUAUUACAUGGAACAGAUCUGAAGAUGAACUUCGUACAUUACUAACUAUGGCUAAUUCACAGUUUUCACAACCUAUAUGGAAUAUUACUGAUAUUGGAGCAACUAUUCAUUUUCGUGAUAUUCUAAUAACUAAUAAUAAUGGACUUCUUCAAACAAGUGUUUAUCAUGAACAAACAUUCGAGCACAGUCUGUUACCACCAUCAUUUCGGGAUAUUCUUCAACCAGCAAUCAAAGAAGAUACAUGGAAAUGGUUACAAGCAGCUAUCUUAAAAGCCAUCCGAUACUGUUCCGAUGGCAAUAUUUACUAUGAAGAAAAGAAUGAAAUCAACUGGCAACUUAAACAACAUCAAUUACCUGCUAUUAUCUUCAAUGAAGCCUAUCAAGAAAUUCUGGAAGAUUUUGUUCACCUUUUUUUACGUCAACUCACAGAUAUUUGUCCUGCUGCACUCACAAUGAACAACAACCAAAUGAAUGAUGAUAACGAAAAGCCUCUUCCUGGCACGUUGAUCGAUCCGAACACUUGCGAUCAUCACCAUCACACAUCGCAUCAUAAUCGACAUCCACUAAGCCAUUUUGUACCUACAUUAGUCGAACUUCACAUCCAUCUCGAUGGUUCCUUUCGACAUUCGACCUUGUUCGAGUUGGCUGAAAAGAAAGAUAUUCCACUUCCAAGAGGGAUGAAAAGAACAAUUGAAGAUUUCAUACCAUAUGUUUGCGUUCAAUCGGAUUGCAAAUCGCUCGCCGACUUCCUCGGAAAAUUUCCUUUUUUUAUUUCUAUCGUCGCCGGUGAUGCUGACGCUUUGGAACGUGUUGCUUAUGAGUUUGUCGAAGAUCAAGCAGUGCAAGGUGUACUCUACACUGAAGCUCGCUAUAGUCCUCAUUUUUUGACAGCCAACAUCCUGACGCCUGAACAGGUUAUCGAAGCAAUCAAUUGUGGGUUGGAACGCGGCAAAAAGGAAUUCCAUGUCGACGUUCGUACGCUACUGUGUUGCAUACGUCCACAUCCUGAAUGGUCAAUGGAAAUUGUAGAACUUGCACACAAAUAUCGAUCAGCGGGUGUAGUCGGUAUAGAUCUAGCUGCUGGCGAUGAGUAUGAACAUUCCGUUGCUCCUCAUGUGACUGCUUUUCAGCGUGCUACUGAACUCGGCAUACAUCGUACUGUGCAUGCUGGUGAGUCAGGUUCGGCCGAUUCUGUUCGUCAAGCAAUUGAACAAUGUCAUGCUGAACGAAUCGGGCAUGGUUAUGCCAUUAUUGAUGAUCCAUCCGUAUAUGAACUCAUUCAUAGCAGAGAUAUCCAUCUUGAAUGUUGUUUAACAUCAUCAUUACAAACGAAUGCUGUCGGCAAAUAUGCACCGAAAGAUUGUGAUAUACAAGAAAAACAUUUGAUGUUGAAUGGUCAAGAAACGAAUACCAAACUUCACUUACAUAUGAAAUCGAAAAAAGAAGUAUGGCAUCCUCUUCAUCAUUUUGCUCGAGAUCAUCUCAAUUUUUCAUUAUCGUGCGAUGAUCCAUCUGUAUCACAGAUUACCAUUGAACAUGAAUAUAAACAUGCAUUAGUCGAUCUCAAAUUAUCACCAGCGCAGCUCACUCAAUGUGUAUUCAAUGCAGCACGAUCAUCGUUUUUGCCUGAAAAAGAAAAGGAUGAAUUAAUGAACAGAUUGUUAGUUAAUUAUAUUCCAAAAGAUGUUCUCAAACGUUACACGAUCGACAAGAAACUAGACGUAUCGUUACUUUUCGAUGCUUAA